UCUCUCUCUCUCUGUCAGUAGUAGUAGUCGGCGGAGAGAGCGCCAGCUGGCUGGCCGCGCGCGCGUGUGCUGCUCCUCUCUCAGCCAAGUCUCUCUCUGUGUGUGUGUGUGUGUGUGUGUGCAGCCUGGCCGGGCGCGGAUCUUCACCACUUGCUGUUGCUGCAUCAGUAUCUCCUCAACAGCCGCUCGACGACUCGCUGCACCGGAGCUGCUUCUCUCCCAGGAGGAGAGCAUCGCGAGCUUUGACCUCGAAACCGCGCAGCUCUCGCGGGCGCGCAAGCGUUCAAGGUCGCCCCGAUGGAAGUGCCUUCGAGCGAGCAGCGUCAGCAAGGUCAGCUCGCCGGAGCUACAGCUACUCCCAGCAUCCUCGUCCUCUCGUAGUAGCAGCUCAUAAUUAUACGCAUAGUGUGUCGCGGCAUGUGCGGCGAGUACGGGGACUACAGCUUCUGUCAUCGUUCUCUCGGUUAUACGCUGCUAUACUCCUACGCUGCCAGUUUGCCCAAGCGGGAGACAGCAUGAAGAGGAAAAGAGAGCACUGAGAGAGAGAGAGAGAGAGAGAGAGUGAGAGUGAGAGUGAGAGAGAGAGUUGCAUAAGGAAGCAAGCGAUAUUUUUUAGAGAGAAUUAUCGACUCGAGUGCGCCAGAAGAACUGCGAGCAGAGCGUCAGGAUGGAGGACUCGUCGCCGAGGAUACGCCCCUACCUCGACUGCUGGGACAACGAGGACAAGUACUCGGUGGCCAACAGUCAGGCGCCGCUGCAGGCCGGCGAGGACGAGCACCCGGAGCGCGGCACCUGGUCCGGGAAAUUCGACUUCCUGCUCUCGCUCCUCGGCUACAGCGUAGGCCUCGGCAACGUCUGGAGGUUCCCUUACCUCUGCUACUCGAACGGCGGUGGUGCCUUUCUCAUUCCCUUUACCGUCAUGCUCAUCAUUGCCGGGCUGCCUUUAAUGUUCAUGGAAUUGUCGCUCGGCCAGUAUGCCAGUCUGGGACCGGUGGCGGCUUACAAGAGAUUCUGUCCACUGCUGCGGGGCCUCGGCUACGGCAUGGUCAUGGUCAGCUCCGUCGUCAUGCUCUACUACAACCUCAUAAUCGCGUGGACGCUCUUCUACAUGUUCGCCUCGGUCACGGGUGGAGGCGAGCUGCCUUGGAGCAAGUGCGAGGAGGAGUGGAGCACGAGGGAGUGCUUCAUGCCGGAGGCCGCGCUGCUCUGCGCCAAUCAGAACAUGACGUACUUUAAGAGGGAAUGUCUCAACUCUAGCCAAUUAGCAGCAAUCAACUUCAGCCCGGAGAACCUCACCUCGGUCAUACGCAAGCCCCCGGCCGAGGAGUACUUCAACAAUCACGUGCUGCGGCUGAGCCACGGGAUCGAGGACACCGGCUCGAUCAGCCCGAAGAUGGCGGGCUGCCUCUUCCUCGCCUGGGUCAUAGUCUUCCUCUGCCUGAGCAAGGGCGUCCAGAGCUCGGGGAAGGUCGUCUACUUCACCGCGCUCUUCCCCUACGUCGUUCUGAUCGCCCUGUUCAUCCGGGGAAUAAUGCUGCCGGGCGCGGACGAGGGCAUCCUGUUCUACCUGACGCCGGACUGGAAGCGACUGGCCUCGGCCAAGGUCUGGGGCGACGCUGCGGUGCAGAUCUUCUUCGCGCUCAGCCCCGCCUGGGGCGGCCUCAUCACCCUCAGCUCGUACAACAAGUUCACCAACAACUGCUACAAGGACUCGCUCAUCGUCGCCGUCAGCAACAUCGGCACGAGCUUCUUCGCCGGGCUGGUCAUCUUCUCGGUGAUCGGCUUCCUGGCGCACGAGCUCGACGUCGAGGUCAAGUCGGUCGUCGACCAGGGCGCCGGGCUCGCCUUCAUCGUCUACCCGGAGGUCGUCUCGAGACUGCCGGUGGCGCCGGUCUGGUCCCUGCUCUUCUUCGUCAUGCUGCUGACCCUCGGGCUGGACUCGCAGUUCGCGCUCAUGGAAACCGUCACCACCGCCAUUCUCGACGGCAUUCCCGCGCUGCGGAACUACAAGUUCUGGGUCGUCCUCGCCUGCGCCGUCUUCGGCUACGGCGGCGGCCUCAUCUUCACCACCAACGCCGGCAUGUACUGGCUGCAGCUGAUGGACAAGUACGCUGCCAACUGGUCGGUCCUGCUCAUCGCCAUAAGCGAGUGCAUCCUCGUCGCGUGGGUGUACGGAGCCGACCGCUUCCUCGACGACGUGCAGCAGAUGAUCGGCGUGCGCGGCCGUUGCUGGAGGUUCUUCUGGACGUGGAUGUGGAAGGUCGUCACGCCGGCGGCGCUCUUCUUCAUCCUCUUCUUCAACUGGGUGGAGUACGAGCCCCUCAGCUACGGCACCUACGUCUACCCGCGGUGGGCCGACGCCGUCGGCUGGGUCGUCGGCCUCGUGCCCGUCCUCGUCAUCGUCGGCCUCGCGGUUGUCCAGCUGAGGGUGAGCAAGCGGCCGCGCUCCGAGUACGAGGACGAGGAGGAGGAGGAGAACGACGAGCUGCGCGGCUCCGGCAACGACAGCGUCUGGAGCAGGGCCCGGAAGCUCCUGCAGCCGACCUCCGACUGGGGACCGGCGACGCGCAACCCCCUCACACCGUCCAGGACUCUGCCGCACACGCCCUCGCCUGGACCCCAAUGCGGCUACGACUCGGUGCGCGACACGAUAGUCCUGGUGAACGGACAGCCGAUGACGGUGCAAGGGGCGACCGGCGGCACGGGUAUCCCAGGCAGCGGCUCCUCCCAGAAGCUGCCCGGGCCCUCGAUACUCAAGAACUCGAGCAAAACCGAUCUCAUCACCUCGCAGCAGGUCUGACAAGACGCCGCCGACGACUACUACUAUCCUCCAUCCAGCGAUCGCGCGUUCUCCACUUUUGGAUUUUAAACAACAACAACAACAACAACAAUAAGCUGCUGGACCCUUCGAUGUCGGCUGAUGCUUUUUUUGCGCGCUCUAGGGCAAGCUAUCGAUUUUUCGACGCCGCUCCGAGUGCGCGCGGAUAUGUAGGUCAGAUUGUUUAGGAAUUUAGUUUCGGCUCUGUCUCUCUAUUUCUCUGUGGAAAUUAAAAUCGAUUCGGCGUGGCAUAACCUUAUUAUUACACUGUCGAAAAUAAUCAAACGCUAAACCAAAAAAAAAAUUGUUAUGAUUUUUGUUGUCUUAUAUAUAGGUGCGCGUGCACUCGGAACGCGUUGGAAGGGUAUGUAUACGCGCGAUGGCUGAGGGGGGAAAAGAGGCGCGCUGAGCCAAAUAUUAAAUAUAUAAACGUCUUUCACAAUCAAUUGAGGAAUUAUGUGAACGUUGUUGAUUUUUCGAAUUCAAAAGCGAUUAUUAAUAUGGUGUAUACACGAGAAUUGGUCAGAUUUUACGAGAUGAUAUUUUAAAAUUUAAUCAAAGAGAAGUAUAGGAUAUACAUUAUACAUAUUAAAAAUAGAGGACAAAAUAAAAAAAUUAAUUAACGAUGUUGCUUCCUGCUUCGACGAGUGCAAACGUAUAUAAGAAAAAAAUGAGAAAUUAUCUUUGGCGAGCAUAAUACGGAUUUAAGUAUCAUAAACGGUUUGUGAAAACUCUCCAAUUAUCGAUUGUUUGACAGAGAAUUUUACUGUGUUGCAUCUAGUAUUUACUUGUUGAAGUUAGUUGAGACAAGGAUAUUAUUUUUAAAUAUAAGUAGGAAGAGAAAUAACGAAAAAGAUUGUAGACGAGAAGAAAGUCACUUUGUUUGAAACUUUAACUGGUUUAAAGUUGUAAAUAAAUGUAUUAAGAUAUUAUAAAAAAUCGAUAUAUUUUAGAUGAAAAUUCACUGCUUUAUUGAAGAUGCAUAGGAUGUAUUGAGGUUAUCGGUAAAGUUAUCUACAAAAAAAAAAUAUAUGUAUUUAGGGCUUUUUAUAUUGAUUUUGAGAUAACAAUCGAUUGAAAGAUUUCCGAAAAGACGAAAAUGGCACUACUUUGAUUUUAUAAGCUGGGAAAACAUUGGUUAACUUGACUUUGAACUGCAUAACCCUUAUUCAUAAUUUUGCACAAAUCUGAAAAAUUGGGCUGUGGUGAAUAUUGCAAUUACAAGUUUGCGAGAAUGAUCAGCAUUCGCGAUUACCAUAGAUUUGUAGAAAAAGAAAUCAAAAAGAGCUGGAUUGUUCAAUGUCGAUAGUCAAUAACAAAAAAAAAUCUUUAAAAAACGUGAUCCUUUAUUUUUUAAGUCUGUCGUUUAUAAGUUACACUGUUAGUAAUACUCAAACAGAGCGUCGUAAUUAACAUAUAUACAUAAACUAAUGUUUAGAUAUGUGUUCGAAAGUGCAAUGCAUAAACCAUCAAGGUUUAUUUGCAUUUGUUAUUACCUAUAUAAAUAAUGGUAUAUCCAGUGUGUAUUAGAUGUAAACUCAUCAUUUUAUUUGCUUUAUUUGACUUACUCCAUUCAUUUACAAACAUUCUUCAAAUAAAUAGUAAAUAGUUCAAGGUGGAAAAGUGUUUGUACUCGUGCAAAAUAUGUAGACCAUCUUGACAUUUGAAAACCAUGCUGGAACUGUUUUUUUUUUUUUAAUUUAUUUGCUCCACUGACAUAUACCUAGACUCGUAAAUUAGAACGCGAAAGAAGAAACGUCCGUCGAUCUCUGCCUUUAAUUUUUUACAACUAGUAUAGUUAUUAAAAAUUCUCUUGAUUUACUAGAUCAUCGAUUUAAAUAAGAGAAAUCUGAAAGUCUUUAGAUAAUAGAUACAAGUUCCUAAAAUGAUUUGAAAACUAUUUUCACGGUUCUUAUAUGACACAGUAAGAACUUCUUUUAUGAGAAAUAGAUCAAGUAUGGAAUAUAUUCUAUUGAUACGAGACUUGAUUUCAAUAUUUACAAAUACCUACAUCGAUGCAAUCAUGAUUUGCGUUUUUAUCGUGAAAAGAAUUGCAGUAUCAAAUAAUAAUACAAUAGAAUUAAUGAAGAAAACAAAGAAUAUUUUUGCUCAAUAAUAGACAAGAGAAAGUGGUAGAUGUAUUUUUCCAGCACGAGUGUAAAUAACUCAGUUUAUAAAAUGUAUGACGACUGAUAAAUUUCAAAACUAAAUAACGCAACACUCAAUCGAAUUUCAACGUCUUUCAUUUGUUUUCACCGCUACCAAAUUUUUCAACAUUUCUCAAGGGUUUAGUAUCUUCAUAAUUUUGAUUAUUGCUGCAUUAGAGAAUAGGUGAAUUUUACAAAACGAUUGUUCCAGGAAAAUAGCACGUCAGCCAAAAUAGAUUUCAUAGACAAAGAACUUACCAUGAAAUAAUAAAAAGAAAACUUCCAGAGAACACUAGUAUGCCAAAGAUUUAAAGCUAUCGUGAAAUUAAUCGACGUGUAUUAUCCUAAAACAGCGUCUUUAUUCACGUUUGGAUAGAAUCGAGAAAUAAUGGCUUACGUAAAAAAUUUAAUUUUCAGUGCCAAUUGCGUAAUAUCAUAGUCUGUAUUGACGUUCUUAGCGUACACAAGCAAUAAGUUACAGUAGUCAACUAUAAACUGGUUUGAUUCGGUUGAGUUUUUAUGGAAAUUUAAGAAUAUUGAAGUAUAGAAAUUAAUUAAAUCGGAAUUGAAGAAAAUCUCGUUUCUGAUGACGUUGAAAAGUGGAUGAGCUCAUCAGAAACAACAAUAAAAUAUGUUUGGUGAUCUUCACCUGCAGUAUAAUACAUUAAAACCAGUGAGAAACGUCGUACCUCUUGUUAUUGUUCAAAGAGAGAAAGAAUCAGCGUGAUUGUGAAUAAAUAAGCCAUCAGGAGAAUGCCGGAGUGAAAGAGACCUUAUAAUAAUAUAUACACGAAGAUUUAUCAUGUUGCGAAAAAAUAUGCAUAUUAAUAUAUAAUAAAUUUAUUUGUUGCACAAGUAUAUGUAUGUAGAUACAUGCUAAUGUAAUAAUUCGGGCUAAAGGUAUUUUUCCGCAAAAGAUACAUAGUGAUAUUUUUCCUGAUGAAGAAAAUCUACAUGUAUAAGACGAGUGACUGAUCUAGUUAGCGCAUCAAAAUGAAUUAAAUGUCCUGCGCG